UCGUGAUGCGAUUCAAACUUAGAUUGAGUGUCUCGUCGGCUACCUAUUUGGGCAGUCAUUCCUUGUGCUCAUCGGCGCGACUGAGCACUCGUGCCUGGCGGCUCGGCAUUUAGUAUAAGAUGAGCAGAUCUCACAACGCUCUUCUCUGCCUGCACCGCGGCUCUUCUAGCCAGUGCCAAGCCCGUCGAGAUACGGGAACAAGCAGCACAAGCUGAACCAUACGAGGGCUAUGUCUUCGCGUACUUCACGAACAACACCAAAGCUGGCGAACAGAUCUACCUAGCAGCAAGUAACGGCAACAAUGCACUGAGCUGGAAAGAGUUGAACGAUGGGCAGCCAAUCAUCACAUCAACCAAGGGCACCAAAGGACUGCGUGAUCCCUUCCUUAUGCGCUCACAUGACGGCGGCAAGUUCUUCCUCAUCGCGACCGACCUGAGCAUCGGGUCGGGCACAUCGUGGGGAGACGCCGUUCGCAAUGGUAGCUUGUACCUGGAGAUCUGGGAGUCAACUGACCUCAAGAACUGGGGAACACAACGACACGUCAAGGUUUCACCUGACACUGCCGGCAACACAUGGGCGCCCGAGGCUUACUACGACCCCACUAUCGAGGCUUACGUUGUCUUCUGGGCUUCUUCGCUGUACGCAGAGAGCGAUACCAGUCACACUGGAAGCACCUACCACAGGAUGCUGUACGCCACCACGAAGGACUUUAUCACCUUCAGUGACGCCCAGGUCUGGCAAGACGCCGGCAUGUCGCGCAUAGAUUCGACGGUCAUCCAGGAGGGCGACAUUUUCUACCGCUUCACCAAGGACGAAGGCGCUUCCGGUACCGGUUGCUCGGACAUCAUCCAAGAACACUCAACCUCACUCCGCGCUACCUUGGAGUCAUGGACGCAAGACGCCGCCUGCAUCGGCAAGAACGCUGGUACCAGCGCUGUGGAAGGGCCCACAGUCUUCAAGUCCAACCCCGGCGACGUCAAUGGCGACAAGUUCUACCUCUUCGUCGACGAAUAUACGGGCCGCGGCUAUAUCCCGCUCGAAACCGCCGAUAUCUCAAAGCCCAGCUGGAAAGUCUCAGCCGCAUACACGCUACCCAAGAGUCCGCGCCACGGCACCGUCCUUCCCGUCACCGCAGCCGAGCAUGCGUCCCUGACUACUGCAACAUCUGCCGCACCUAAGCGCUUGCGUAGCGCUCCCAAGCUGCAAGCCAGAGACUCCCCCGUCCUGCCAGGCUUCUACGCAGACCCGAACAUCGCUGUGUUCGGAAACAAGUACUACAUCUACGCGACCACCGACGGCACACCCGGCUGGGCCGGCAACACCUUCUACGCAUGGUCCUCUCCCGACCUCGUCUCCUGGACGCGCCCCAAGUCUCCGUUCCUGACGCUCAACGGCACCUCGGGCAACGUGCCCUGGGCGGUCGGAAACGCAUGGGCGCCGACCAUCAUCGAGCGUGCGGGCAAGUACUACUUCUACUUCAGCGGCCAAAACGCACAGUACAACACCAAGACAAUCGGUGCGGCUGUCGCCAACAGCCCCGAGGGGCCGUUCGUCGCACAGGCGCAAGCGUUUAUCCUGAACAACGAGGCGCUGAAGACAGGCCAGGCAAUCGAUCCCGCAGCCUUCCAGGACCCCACCACGGGCAAGUACUAUCUGUUCUGGGGCAACGGGACUCCGCUGUACGCCGAGUUCAAGGACGACAUGCUGUCGCUGAAGAAUGACACGCUCAAGGCCAUCUCCGGCCUGACCGACUUCCGCGAGGGCAUCUUCAUGAACUACCGCAAGGGCACGUUCCACCUGACUUACUCGAUCGACGACACGCGCUCGGAGAACUACCGCGUCGGCUACGCGACGUCGUCGUCCAUUGACGGCCCGUGGACCGUCCACGGCGUCAUCCUGCAGAAAGAUGUCAGCCAGGGUAUCCUCGCUACGGGGCACAGUAGCAUCAUUCAGGUUCCCGGGACGGAUGAUUGGUACAUCGCGUACCACCGCUUCGCGAUCCCGAACGGCAACGGCACUGACAGGGAGACGACUAUCGAUCGUGUGUUCUUUGAUGAUAACGGGUUGAUCAAGCCUGUUGUGCCGACGUUGACGAGCGUUGCUCCGCAGACUGUGCCGCGCCACUAGAUAGUCUGUGGUCUUGUGCCGCAGCGUGUAAUUAUGAGUUGUUGAAUGAGAUUUUUUUCUUCUCACAAGAGAUAUUCCAAAGCACUAUCCAGCUCGAGUCUCCAAAUCCUAUCCUGCAGUCGUCCAUCCAUCACACCCCUACCCUCUCCAAAUGCCCUGUUUCGACAAUGCUAAACAGGCCGGGCGAGCUGACGUGA